CUGGGGAUGCUUUUGGGGUUCUUUAGGAGGUCCUGGAGAAUUUGAGGUCCCCUUGGAGGGUCCUUAGGAGGUUUUGGGGGGUCCUGAAGAAUUUGGGGUGCCCUUCUAGGGUCCUGGGGUUGUUUUAGGGGGUCCUGAGGGGAUUUUGGCGUCUCUUUGGAGGGUCCUGAGGGGUUUUAGGUGGUCCUGUGGGGAUUUUGGGGUCCCUUUGAAGCGUCCUAGGGGGUUUUGGGGUCCUGAGGGUAUUUUGAGGUCCCUUUGCAGAGUAAUUGAGAGGAUUUGGGGUCCCCUUGGAGAGUCCUGAGGGAAUCUGGGGGGUCCUGGGGGGUUUUAGGGUGUCCUGAGGAGGUUUUGGGGUCCUCUUGGAGGGUCCUGGGAUGGUUUUGGGGUCCCUUUUAGGGCAUCCUGAGUGGAUUUGGGGGUUCCUGGGGGUGAUUUUUGGGUUCCUGGGUGAAUUUUGGGCUCCUGGGUGAAUUUUAUGGUCACCCCCAAAUGUUGGGGUGCCCCAAUUCCCUCCCCUGCAGGCUCUGCUCCGGCCCCACAGCCCCCAUUUGGGAUUACAUCACCCGCCACGUCCAGAACCAGCGGAACGCGAAGAGUGUCAAUCAAGGCCCUGUGCAAGGCCAGGGAGGUGGAGCUCCAGAGGCCACACCCACACAGAGCUGCACAUCACCCCGGAAAGGCUCAGGAGGCUCCGGAUUGGUCAGAACAGGCUGAGGCUGUACUGAUUGGCCACAGCCCAGAGGCGGUGCUUUGGGCGCUGGAGGUCCUGGCCAAUCAGAGCACAAG